AUGAGUGUAGUCCAGUUAAACAUCAACGGUCGCAGGCUAUACAUAGCAUCCGUCUAUAUUGAACCCAAUAGUGAUGAAGACAAUACUUUACAACGUCUAGAUAAUUUCCUUAAAAUGACAUGCAACAGCCAGCAGUUGGUGUGCGGUGAUUUCAACGGUUGGCAUCCCAUAUGGGGUAGUAAUCGUGCAAAUUCACGCGGAAAUGAAAUAGUAGAUAUCGUACAUGGUAACAAUAUGUUUUUCUGCAACAAAGGUGACACUCCUACCUUUGAAACCAUCUCCCAUGGUCAAAUUCGUCACUCAUUUAUAGACCUCACUAUGGCCUCUAGUACCAUAUACGAUCGGAUACUGGACUGGAAGGUUGAUCUCGACAUAUGCCCCUCAUCACAACACAGGGCCAUUGCGUUCUCAAUCUGUUCUGUAAAAAGAGAAAGCAACUAUGGUAAAAGUACCACUACAUUCAAAUAUAAUACAAAGAGAGUCAACUGGGAUGAAUUAAGGUCUCCAUUCAUAAGCACGAUAGAAGAACGUUUACCCCAUAAUGUAGAUAUUGAAAACUUGCCUGAAACUGAAUUAGAAGAAUACAUUAACUGUAUUACUUCUAUAAUACAGACAACCUGCGACAUAUUAAUUUCAAAAUCAAAUGCUCGUAAGUAUCGAUGCCCGUGGUGGACAGACCAACUUGAAAGUAUUAAGAAAGAUGUCAUUCGUAACCACCACAGAAUUCAAAAACUGAUACGUCAGAAAAAACCUAUCGAGAGUGCUCUUGAAGAAAAGUUACGACUCAAAGAAGCAUACUCAAAAGCAUUUAGAGAAACUUCUACAAGAAAUUUCAGGGAAUUCUGCGAAAAACAAGGCAAGGAAGACGUCUGGUCAGUCACAAACAGAAUAAUAAAAUCUGGACCUCCAAUACAACCUCCAGUAACCCUGAAAAGGAACGAUGACACGUUUACCACCAACAGCUCGGAAACAGCUCAAGAGCUUCUUAAUCGUUUCUAUCCGGAAGACGAAUUUAAAGAUACCCUGCAACACACGGAAAUGAGGAACUUUUCCUUGGCCAUGCCGGAUACACCGGAUGAGCCUCCAUUCACCUUUGAAGAGAUCAUAUCAUGUCUUAAUAGUAUGAAUCCUAGAAAGGCCCCAGGCACCGACCAUCUUACUGCAGAUAUCUGUCUACUCUUCGCAAAUUGCUUUCCACAUUUAAUCACAUCUGUUAUGAACCAAUGUCACAAACUCGGUUAUUUUCCCAAAAUAUGGAAGCAGGCGUUUAUAAAAAUACUUCCCAAGCCCAAUAAAGACGAUUAUACUAAUGCAUCUUCAUUCCGUCCCAUUGGUCUAAUAAACGUGUUCGGAAAGUUAUUAGAGAAGCUUAUUAUACGUAGGCUUACAUAUUUCAUGCACUGCAAUAAACUGUUCAACCCAGCUCAAUACGGAUUCAGAGAACAAACUUCGACUGUCAAUGCACUCAGUAAUUUGAUUAAUAAUAUUUCUCAUGCCAUAAAUAACAAGGAACACGUAACUGUCAUUUCACUCGACAUACAUGCUGCAUUCGACAACGCUUGGUGGCCAUCUAUAUACAGAAAACUACAUAAAAUUAAUUGUCCUCGAAAUAUUUACAAAAUACUUCAUAGUUAUUUUCAAUGUCGUAAAGCAACAAUUAACAUUUGUGAUAGCUCCGUAAGUAAAAUCUUAACCAGGGGGUGCAUACAAGGUUCAGUGUGCGGUCCAUUUUUAUGGAACCUCAUAGUGGAUGAACUCCUGGACAUGAAAAUGCCUUCGAAUUGCACUAUCCAAGCGUUCGCCGACGAUAUCCUUCUUAUAUCUCAUGCCAAAAAUAUAAAGAACUUACAAAACAAUACCAAUCAAGCUCUUACCAUGAUCACAAAAUGGGGACAGGACAUGAAGCUCACUUUUGGAGCAACUAAAACUCAGGGCAUUGCAUUUUCUAAGAAGGCUGCUGGAUGCAAACUCUAUAUGUCAGGAAACACGGCGACGGUUGAGAAAUUAUUCCAGCCGAUUUACCAGAAAACCAAUCACACGGGCAAUAAAGUGACUGUGGUCGGUGUAGGCCAGGUCGGCAUGGCGGCGGUCUUCUCAAUGCUCACGCAGGGCGUGACAAACAACAUUGCGUUGGUGGACGUGAUGGAAGACAAAUUAAAGGGUGAAAUGAUGGACUUGCAACACGGCUCUGCUUUCAUGAGGAACUGCAAGAUCCAAGCCAGCAAAGAUUAUGCGAUAUCCGCCGGUUCGAAAAUUUGCGUGGUGACGGCCGGCGUGAGGCAGCGUGAGGGAGAAUCACGCCUUGACCUCGUACAGCGGAACACCGAUAUAUUGAAGAUUAUCAUACCGCAGCUGGUUAAAUACAGCCCGGAUGCGGUCUUUAUAAUCGCAAGCAACCCUGUAGACAUACUGACGUACGUCACGUGGCGUAUCAGCGGCCUGCCUAAGCACCGCGUGAUCGGCUCGGGUACGAAUCUGGACUCUGCUCGUUUCCGAUACUUGCUGUCCCAAAAACUCGGCAUCGCACCCGCUUCCUGCCACGGGUACAUCAUCGGGGAGCACGGAGAUAGCAGUGUGCCUAUAUGGUCCGGAGUGAACGUCGCAGGCGUGAGACUCAGUGAUUUGAACUCAAAGAUAGGGAGUGAGGAAGAUCCCGAACAGUGGCGCCAGAUGCACGAAGGAGUGGUCAAGAGUGCUUACGAGGUCAUCAAGCUAAAGGGCUACACCUCCUGGGCUAUUGGACUAUCACUCUCGCAAAUCGUCUGGGCCAUCCUGUCCGAUGCAAGCAGCGUGCAUCCCGUGUCUACUUAUCUAAAGGGCAUGCACGGAAUCGAACAUGACGUUUUCCUAUCUUUACCCUGCACGCUGGGUCAUUGCGGAAUCUCCGAUGUGAUCUGUCAGCCACUGACCGACAAGGAACUGACUCAACUACGCAUGUCAGCUAAGCUCAUGGCCCAAGUCCAAGCGGGCAUUAAGUUUUAA